AUGCGAGAUGAUUCCGGUUUCGCAGAUCCUCCGGAAGGAUAUAGCGACUACGGGCUGACAAAGCCACCCAGCAAAACUUUCACAAUGAAAAGUCAUCAGUCUUGUGAACUUGUUAGAAAGUGCACCCAAGCUGGUCGACUGAUCUGGAACUUCACUAUCAGUGGCGAUGCCGAGUUCGAAAUCGUACGACGAGAGGCAGGAAAAGAUGUGAAAGUUUGGCCGAAGAUCACGCUAACAAGCUUGAAGUAUUCUGUGACCCCUGGCGAAUAUGUGCUGCGAUUCGCUAACCCGACGACAACAUGGUUCGCAGUCAAGGUCACUGGUGCUGCCGAAAUCAAACCCGACACUGAGUGA